GAUCCGGGAGAGAGGAGCCACCGAGGAGGAGGCAGGCACCGCUCCACGAGCUCUUCCAUCACGAAUGCUCACAUUUAUCUGAAUUACAACUUUUUUUAUUAUUUUUUAUUUUUAUUUGGUUUAUUCCGUCCAGAGGCAGGAGGACGUUUUUCCAACCAUGGCGGCAGUGGCGGUGCUGCGGAAUGAAACACUCCAGGCUUUUCUGCAGGAUCGCACUCCGAACUCUUCUCCAGAGAACUGUAAGCACUCUCCGCUGGCUCUCCUGGCCGCCACUUGUAACCGGAUCGGGCACCACCACGGAUCCAACCCAACAGAUUUCCUCCAGGUCCCCUACGACCCCACUCUGGGCUCCCCCUCGCGAUUGUUUCACCCGUGGACUAGCGAGGGGAACCCCCAGAGCAGCCUGGCGGGCAACUCCACUUUCGGACUAUCUUCCAAGCCCCAGCUGUCCGCGCACAUCCAGAGCUCCUUCAGCGCGCACCACGAACUGCCCCUCACCCCUCCGGCGGACCCCUCAUACCCCUAUGACUUCUCCCCCGUGAAGAUGCUGCCUUGCUCCAUGCAGUCCCUGCAGUCCACCUGCCCCCCCACCUACGUCCCCGCAGUCAGCUACGCGGCCCCUGCUCCCAUUGCGCCCGCGAUGCCAAGUUUUGUCACGGGACCCUCCGGCCUUAUGCACCACCAUCAGCAGCAGAGACAGUUGUCCCCCAACCCCGGGGAGGAUAUUCCGUGGUGGAGCCUGCAGCAGGGGAACCAUGUCAGCCACUCGUCCUCCCUGGGUCCCCACCGCUUCCAGCUGCAGAGGGGCUUGGUCCUGGGACAUACGGACUUUGCGCAAUACCAGACGCAGAUCGCCGCGCUCCUGCACACCAAGUCCCCGCUGGCGACUGCGCGGCGGUGCAGGAGGUGCAGGUGCCCCAACUGCCAGUCCUCCACGUCCAGCGACGAGCCCGGCAAGAAGAAGCAGCACAUCUGUCACAUACCGGGCUGCGGGAAAGUUUACGGGAAAACCUCGCACCUGAAGGCGCACCUGAGGUGGCACUCUGGGGAGCGGCCGUUUGUGUGCAACUGGCUGUUCUGCGGCAAGAGUUUCACCAGGUCGGACGAGCUGCAGAGACACCUGAGGACUCACACGGGGGAGAAGCGCUUUGUUUGUCCGGACUGCUGCAAGAGGUUCAUGAGGAGUGACCACUUGGCAAAACACGUGAAAACGCACCAGAACAAAAAGAGCAAGUGCCACGACAAGACACUUGACCACGUCAAAAGGGAGGACACGAGGAAUAUGUUGUAACACACUUUAUAGUCCUUUUAAACCGUAGACAUCACUAUAGUGCAAUACAGUCAGUCCUACAUUAGUUAACAGUUUCUAUACAUAGGGCAUUCUGUUUCUUUCCUUGGUUGAUUUCUCACAUCCUGACAAUACUUUCUAACAUUGCUGGUCUGUGUAACACAUUGUUUUCUAUGUGUAUAUAUACAAGUGUCAUAAGUUAAUUUGGGACCAUGGAGAAGUUCUAGCUCAUGAGUUUGAAUUCAGUGUCUUUGUCGUAUCAAGGAAGACGAGUUUUCAACUUGUGUUUUGAUCAUUGUCUUCGGUGGAAGAUUUCACUCCCCUGUACAUUAUAUUUAAUAGCUUUUGUUGAAUGAAAGUGUCAGUUUUUUGCUCCAUAUGGGGGUGUUUUUAAAAGCAUGCUCUUGAAAAGAUCUGCUAUUGUUGAUAUGACCCAAAUACUGUGUGAGA